GGGAGGGGUGGUUGGCGCGGGGUGGGAACGGUGGCUGGGCUGGUGGUCGCGGCAGGCGCGCUCGGCGCGGUUGCGCUGGAGGGCCUGCAAGACGACGAAAACGACUCCCUCCUCUCCCGCACGCCCUUCGUGAGUGCCGUGCGUGCCGAAGAGAAGACCACUCCCAACGCCAAGGCCCCGCCCUCCAUCGUCUCGCAGAACCCGCCGGUCGAUAGGGCGGUCCAGCGUGAACAACAGGGAGGCGCCGACAAGCCCAUGCGCACCAAGAAGAGGGUCGUCAUCCUCGGCUCGGGCUGGGCGGCCGUCGGUGUGCUGCGGGAGCUCGACAACGAAGCCUACGAGGUUGUGGUCGUGUCGCCACGCAACUACUUCCUGUUCACCCCGCUCCUUCCCUCCGUCACCGUUGGCACGCUUGACUCGAGGAGUGUUGUUGAGUCGAUCCGACGCACCUUCAAGAGGGCCGGCGCCUCGGACGUGCAGUUCCUCAAUGCCGAGUGCACGGCCAUCAACCACCAGAGCAACAGCAUCACCUGCAACGACGUGAGUGGUGACGGCGCGGUCCGCUCGUUCGAUCUUGAGUACGAUCAGCUGAUCGUGGCGGUGGGCUGCGACAACACCACCUUUGGCACGCCCGGCGUGGAGAAGUACUGCCACUUCCUCAAGGAGCUGAAUGACGCCCGCCGGAUCAGGCAGCAGAUUACGCAGAACUUUGAGGUCGCCGGCCUGCCCGGCCAGCCAGAGGAAGAGAUCAAGCGUCUCCUGCACUUCGUCGUGGUCGGCGGAGGACCCACCGGAGUGGAGUUCGCGGCCGAGCUCCACGAUUUGCUGGUGGAGGAUUUGGAGAAGUGGUUCCCGAGGUCGCUCACGCAGCACGUCCGCAUCACCAUCAUCCAGAGCGCGGCCCAUAUCCUCAACACCUACGAUGCCAAGAUCUCUGACUAUGCCGAGAAGAGAUUCGGUCGAGAUGACAUCAACGUCAAGCCGCUUUGCCGGGUCCUCUCCGUGGACGAAAAGACCCUAUCGUACAACGACAAGCAGACCAACAAGACCGAGACGCUUCCCUACGGCAUGUGCGUCUGGGCUACCGGCACGUUGCAUGGCCCGCUGUUUUUACGUGGAAUUGGGCCUCGUCCGCUGGUCAAGAAGUUCUGCUCCACCAUCAAGGAGCAGACCAACCGUCGCGCGAUUGUGACCGACAGCCACCUCCGCGUGCUGGGCACCACCAACGUCUACGCCAUCGGCGAUUGCGGCACUGUCGAACAGAGGAGGCUUCUGUCCAAGUUCGUGGAUCUCUUCGAUCAAGCCGAUGAAAACAAGGACGGAGUGGUCAGUUUCGACGAGCUGAGUGCGCUGGUGGUCAAGAACAAGGACGAAUACCCGCAGCUUCUCAUCUACGCUGCCAAGAUGCAGGAACUGUUCGAAACGGUGGAUUUGGACAAGAACCAGGUCCUCGACAGAGAAGAGUUCAAGGCCCUGCUCACCGAAGUCGACAAGAACCUAGUCGAGCUGCCGGCCACGGCUCAGGUUGCAUCGCAGGAGGGCAAGUACCUCGGCCAGGCCUUGAACGCCUUGGCGCGCGGACAAGAGGUGGAGCAGUUUCACUACAAGCCUCUGGGCUCACUGGCGUAUAUCGGCGCAAGGGAAUCGGUGCUGGAACUCCCUGGCGGGUUCAGCUUUGGGGGGUUCACCACUUGGUUUGCCUGGCGCUCGGCUUACCUCGCCAAGCAGGUGAGCUGGCGCAACAAGUUCAUGGUGGCCAUGGACUGGAUGAAGGAGUUGCUGUUCGGACGCGACAUCUCCAAGUGCUAG